AUGUCAAAACGGCCGCCCAUUCCAAAAUUUACAGAAAGUGAAUAAACUCCCAUAAAAUAAAUUUCCAUAUAUGAAGAAAUUAGCCAUUAAAUUGUGAAAAUGAAUCUUAACAUGGAGAUAGAAAAACAAUGUGUUUAAAUUUUAUCAUCAAUUUAAAUACCUAACUCAUCUUAGUAUGCAUAAGCAGUAAUCUAUAUUGCAAUGAAAUAACUUAAUUUUGAACCCAUAAUUGCUAAUCCAAAGAUUCAAUUUUUAUCUUCUUUGAUAGAGACUCAACUGAACAAUAAUCUAUCUAAUUUAUGCAAGAAACUUAAAAUGGAUAAUAAGGCUACAAAAGCUUGUUAAAUAAUGUUGAAUACAAUUAGAAAAUUAGUAAUUAAACUACCAAACUAGAUAUAGAAUGCCUUAGCAAUAAAAAUGGCUUCUGAUAUUAUUUAUUCAUAAUAUGGUGGUAUCAAUUUAACCAUCAUAUCAAAACAUGCAUAAAUAUCAGAUACUUAAUUGAAAAGUUGCUUCAACAGAAUUAAACCAUUUGCAAAAACCAUUCUCUAAAAUUACUUAAGCCAUUUUAAUACAAAAAAACAGCAUUGA